GGCGAUUAUUAUAAAAAAGACGACGUUCUUUGGCGGAUAAUAACAGUUCGCAAACGGACGUAUACGCAGUUAAUUAAGACCAGCGGUUCAGCAAUCAUUCAUUUCACACCACACAAGAAUAGAGAAACAUUAUAACAAUACGAUGAUGUUCAACAAAUUCGCCGUAUUCGCCUUAUUGGCCGUCACCGUGUUGGUCGUGCCAGCCAUUGGACACCCGACCGAAGACGCCACAUCCGGGAUCGAGGAUACCGCAACGGCGGUGAAACAAGGUAUCCGCGGUUGGCUGAAGACCGUCCACUCGAAAAUCGCCAAACACGAAGAAAACUGUACUCACGGUGGUGGCGUUGUACAUUGGGUGAAGAACAAACUGGGGUUGACGAAAAAAACUACUACCGAGAUACCGACGACGACCACCAUCACCACGGAAACCGAUUAUACUGGUUACAUCCCGGUAACCUCGGUGGUGAACCAAGGAGAACCAGAAGAAACAUACAACGGCGGUGAUGAUGACGUCACGAUAUUGGACGACUCCGUGGCGUUGGUCCCCGAGAGCGAUAGCGGCAACGAGUCUGUCGAUGUAGACCCAACAUAUUCAUCGGUGACCGAUAAUGCCGUCGACCCAGUAGAUCCCGAUAUCGAUGUCCGCAUGCGCUUGUAAACCAAUUGGGGACUAUUAUUGUGAUCGAUAGUUUUUAGUCAUCGUUUUGACUUCGAAAAACUUCGCUUGAUAAUUUAAUCUGGUUUGUAAUUAUUGUUCUCGUAUGCUUUUACAUUUUUUUACGAACAAAAAGUUCCACUAUUUUUUUUA